UAUAAAUUUAUACUCCCUCCGUAACUUAAAAAUCUCCACACUUUCCUUUUUCGUCCGUAACACAAAAAUCUUCUCAUUUCUAAAUCUUCCCAUCAUACCCUCAAUAAUUCUUAAAAUAAUACACUAUUACAACUACUUUUUUUGGAUUUAUCCUACAUUCCACCACAUUAUUCCACUAUUUAUCCUACAUUGAAUAGCUAUAUACCAAACUCAACACUUCGUCCAGAUUCAUUAAGAAGUGAUGGAGCUGGUCUUCAUUCCCACACCUAUUAUGGGUCACAUAGUAUCGGCUGUCGAAAUGGCAAAGCGGAUAAACGACGGCGGUAGCAAUGAGGUUAUUAUCACCAUUCUCAUAUUGCAGCAACGGUCUUUCGAUCCCGAAAUCAGCCAUUACAUCCAGUCCCAAACGACGACGGCGGCGGAUGACUCCCGCCAUCCGAGCUCAUUGAAGUUUGAGACGCUCACGCUGCCGCCGCCGGCCACCGACGCUCCUGCAACAGGGGUGCGGUCGGUGGACGCCUUCAAACCCCAAGUCAGAGACUGGGUUUCCCGGAAAAACCUCCGAUCUUCGGGAAGGUUGACCUUCGUGGUUGACUUCUUCUGUACGGCCAUGGUUGACGUCGGGAAUGAUCUCGGCAUCCCAACCUAUGUGUUCUUCACCUCCGGCGCGGCAACGUUGGGGGUUCUCAUUUUCUCUCUCGAGACCAUUAAAUCAUUAUCCGAUCAUCCUAACAAUCCCACCCCCUUCUUUGACAUCCCCACUUACCGAAACCCAUUUCCGGCAGAGUGUCUGCCGCCGCCGCUUCUCAAUAAGGACUCCUUCCAGACCUUCCUCGACAUAUCCGAACGGAUCAGAGGGGCGAGAGGAGUGCUGGUCAACACGUUCCUCGAGCUUGAAUCACACGCGGUCAACGCCCUGAAUAACGACCCACUAACCCCGCCGAUCUACCCCAUCGGCCCAUUGCUAAAUCUGGAAACGGCGGCCGCCGGCGGCGAAAAAGGGCAGAUUUUGGAAUUUCUAGACAGCUUUCAGGAGCAGGGAUCUGUCUUGUUCCUUUGCUUCGGGAGCAUGGCUCGUUUCGGUGCUGAAGAUGAGGAGCAAGUGAAGGAGAUCGCUACGGCUCUGGAGGGGAGCGGGCAGAGGUUCUUGUGGGCAUUCCGGUCAGCAGAGGAUGACGGCGGUCAAGGAAGGCGGCUGCUGCCCAAUGGGUUCUUGGAGAGGACGGAAAAGGUGGGGAAGGUGGUCAACGGGUGGGUCCCUCAGGUCGCCAUACUGGCCCACCCAGCUGUGGGAGGCUUCAUUUCCCACUGCGGAUGGAAUUCCACUCUGGAGAGCCUCUGGUUCGGGAAGCCGAUCGGAACAUGGCCUAUCGGAGCAGAGCAAGAAGCCAAUGCCUUCCUGUUAGUGAAGGAGAUAGGGGCCGGAGUGGAGAUUAAGCUGAGUUCCAAGAAGGUAGUUUCCGACGGAACUGGUCAAUUGGUCUCAAAUGUUGUGCCGGAGGCGGAGAUUCAACGGGGAAUCGCGCAGCUUAUGGAUCCUCUGAAUCCGGUUAGGCUAAGGGCAAAAGAAUUGGGUGAAAUGAGCAGACUGGCACUAGCGGAGGAGGGCGGCUCGUCCUACACUUCCCUCCGAUGCUUUGUUCAAGAUGCAUUUCAUCACCACCAAUGGACUAGAGGCACUUACUUAACUUUUCUCACAGAUGUGUUCAUAUACCUGCUGAAAUGGUUCUAUAGAGUUAUUUUCUACAAAUAAAUGGUGGUUCACAAAUAUUUAGUGUCUGUUUAUUGACAGAUAUAUUUUCCAAUUUUCCAGAAAACUGGAAAACAGAAAACAGGAAACGUGUUUAAC